CUCUUCCGCUUCUUCUACGCUAGACUCUGAAGGGAAGUGUCCUCCAUGGUGUCAUUGUAGUUGUGUUGAGGUUGAACGUCCACAAAAAGAAGCCAUGUCUGGGUACACGCCGGACGAGAAGCUCCGUGUGGAGCAGCUGGCGAAGCUCCGCAGACAGUGGCUGAAGGACCAGGAGCUCAGCCCCAGGGAACCCGUGGUUAAGGCCAAACCUUCCGGCGUCGUCGCCAAGUUCUGGGCUGGCUUCCUGGAGCCCAAGAGCCUGUGGAGGCUUUAUACCUACAAAGCAUAUACAGGAGGAGUUUUCACGUUAACCCGGCUGUUGAUACCUGCUUGGCUUGUUCACUACUACGUCAAAUACCAUGUUGCUCCCAAGCCAUAUGGUAUUGUGGAACUGAAACCCAGGCUGUUCCCAGGUGACACCAUUCUGGAGACAGGAGAAGUGGUUCCAGAUCUCCCCGAGACCCACGGCCAUCACUGAAGUUGAAAUAUUUCAAUAAUGUCCCUGAGUUUGUGUUGUAAAAACUGUGUAUAUGCCAUUAAAAUAUUACAUUGUAAUAUCA